GUUUGACUUGAUAUUUACAUUUACAUUUGACCUUUUGAAGUAAUCAAUAGCAUAAAACAUUUCUGGAACAAUUAGAAAUAUAUUCUGCAAAAAACCCGCGCAUUAUUUGUGUUGAAUGUUGGUAAUAAUGUAAACAAUUUUAAAUCAAAUUUGUUGUCAUGCAUUUACUCAAUAAAUUAUGUAGUAUAGGUAGUAUUUAUAUUAAUUGUUAUUCGUAAAAAUUUCUCGAUGAAAAAUAAUGAAUAUGCAUACCACGACUUUGCAAGGAGUUUUCCCCGAUCCGAAACCUAUUUACAGAAGAAAUUUCAUUAGAGAAAAUGUCAAAUCUAUCAAACAAAUGCAAGGGCUGUUACAGGAGGCAGGAGUUAUCCAACCUAGACAGUCUAAAGAAGACAAAUUUAAAAGUGUUCCCUCUAUACGACGGUCCAGGGACAAUUCCCCAGUUGUUCCACGUACAUCAUCUAAUGACAGGCUCAAAGUGGAAAAAACUGUCAAAAGAUCCUCGCUAAGACCCAGGCUGGAAAGGGGCAAAGAGAAAACGGAAAUUAUGGGGCAACGCAAUAGCAAAUUUACACACCGAGCUAUGCAGACGGAACGGGCAGAGGAUUUGGCUAAACUUUACGAAAGCGGUACUAUUAAAUAUCCCAGUCCUGGGGUUGCCAGAUCGAAGGCAAGCCCUAGGGCCAGCCCCUACAAGACGAAAGGGCAAGGAGAUGCGAUAGAGGAGGGUAUGCAAAAUUUAGAUAUAGAGGGAAAAGACUUUGUGAAAGAGAAUAUGUCAAAUAUUAAACCUAAAACAGUAAAGCAAAUUGUGAGUAAAGUACCUGCACAAGCCCCUCCUAGUUAUCAGAGGGGUGUCGUUCCAAAAUACUUAAGGGAUAGAAAAGAAGAGGAUGUGAAGCAAGGAGACGAGGAACCUUGUCCUGCUGGGCAUGUUUUGUUGCCCGAAGAAGAAAGAAAAGAAACAUUAAGGGUGUUACGUCAAAGUUAUGCAGAUCGGAUUCAAGAACUGAACUCUCUGCCAGUGCGAAGCGACACGCUAAGGGUAAAAAGACGAAAAAUGGAGAUAGAAGAGGAACUAAAAAGGAUAGACGGAGGAAUAAAAGUGUUCCAGAGACCUAAAGUAUACGUUAAAAUUAACGCGUAACGUUGCCUUAAAAAAUUUUAGUGAUGUGGCAUUUUGUAAAUACUUUAAUUGACUUAUUAAUUUGUACAAAUUUUAGCGUUAAUAUAAA